AUGGAGGCUGUUGAGCUUGACCAGAACGGCACCGUCGGGUGCAUCUUCAAUACCCGCCAAACAUUGACUAGCCUAGUCACUCGCACUAGUUCCACUGGCACACAGAUCGAGACGACUGUUUCCACGUUGACGGCCCUGACUACCAGCUUCCAGGGCCCGAAGCUGCAGGCCCAAGCUACCGGCACCGCGCCCUUUGAUCCCGCGGCUCGGGGAGGUACAACUGCGUCCACGCCAGUGACAGCUAUUGUUGGUGCAGCAGCCGUCGCUACAACCACCACUGCCGCCACGGCGAAUGGCCCCGCCGGACCGGGCGGCACAACCACAGGCACGAUCGGUGGCCCGGACACUCAGACUACUCCAAUUCAACCCACUUCGACCACCUUGAUUGACUCAAACCAGAUGAAUACAGGGAUCACUCCGACGCCUAUUGCAGCCGGGCCGAUCGGAACUACUACAGCUGGCGCAACCCUGGCUGCUGAGGAAGGCGCUCCGGGAAACACUAACACUAUUGGCACAGCCACCACCAUGACCGUGUCGGACUGCAUGGUCCCCUGCAUGACUACUACCACCUCUGUGAAAGCUUGA